CUAUAUUAGUUUUAGGAAUCGUUCCUUCGUCGAAAGAGAAGAGAAAGUGCGUUUCCUUCACUCUGCAUUGAAUACUCAGAUUUGGAGAGAUCCGAUUCUCUCCUGAUAUCCCAUUUCCAUGGCGAUUCGGUGGUCGAAUCUAUGCAUCGUAGUGUUCGCGCUCUCUUACGCCAUCUGCGUCUUCGCCGGGAAGAGCUACUACGAUGUGUUGCAAGUGCCGAAAGGUGCAUCUGAUGAACAGAUCAAGAGAGCUUAUAGGAAACUCGCUUUGAAGUAUCAUCCUGAUAAGAAUCAAGGCAACGAGGAAGCUACUCGCAAAUUCGCUGAGAUCAAUAACGCUUAUGAAGUGUUAUCGGAUGAGGAGAAGAGGGAGAUUUAUAAUAAGUAUGGUGAAGAAGGGCUUAAGCAGCAUGCUGCUAAUGGUGGACGUGGAGGUGGAGGAGGAGGCAUGAAUAUGCAGGAUAUCUUUAGCCAGUUUUUUGGCGGUGGUGGUUCGAUGGAGGAAGAAGAGAAGGUUGUCAAGGGUGAUGAUGUGAUUGUGGAACUUGAGGCCACUCUUGAAGAUCUGUACAUGGGAGGCUCAAUGAAGGUAUGGAGGGAGAAGAAUGUAAUAAAGCCAGCUCCUGGAAAAAGAAAGUGUAACUGCAGGGAUGAGGUUUAUCACAGGCAAAUUGGUCCUGGAAUGUUCCAACAGAUGACAGAGCAGGUCUGUGACAAAUGCCCAAAUGUUAAGUUCGAACGCGAAGGAUAUUUUGUCACAGUUGAUAUCGAGAAAGGAAUGAAAGACGGAGAAGAAGUGUCUUUCUACGAAGAUGGUGAACCUAUUCUCGACGGUGACCCUGGUGACCUUAAGUUCCGAAUAAAAACUGCUCCACAUGCCCGUUUCCGGAGAGAUGGCAACGAUCUACACAUGACCGUCAACAUUACACUGGUUGAGGCGCUAGUUGGAUUUGAGAAAACAUUCAAACACUUGGAUGAACACAAAGUUGACAUCAGUUCCAAGGGAAUCACAAAGCCCAAGGAAGUGAAGAAGUUCAAAGGGGAAGGUAUGCCACUUCACUUCAGCACAAAGAACGGAAACCUCUUCGUCACUUUUGAGGUUUUGUUUCCUUCCUCUCUCACGGAAGAUCAGAAGAAGAAGAUUAAAGAAGUCUUGGAUCAAACUUGUAAUGGUCCCUAAUGUAACUUGUUUUAGGUUUUAAUAUAGAGAAAAAAACUGGUGAGACAAAAAGGAUGAUGAGAAAAAAGCCAGUAGAAGGUUUUGAUGAAAUUAUAUUUUUGCUUUUGUUAAUCAAAUUAGUGCACAUUUAUGAUUCAUCUAAGCUAUUUUUAUGUCUGUGAAUCUAUUUCCUGUUGUCUUCUUUGUGUGCUUUCUUGUAUGAUUAUUCUAAAAAAUUAAAAUCGAUUUUGAAGCCAAAAAUAAAAUAAACUAUUUC